AUGCGGCCUGCAGAUCCCCCAAAAUCAAGGACGCCAGCCGUGCCCUUGCCCUGCCUGCAGCAGCCACCCCACCAGUCGCCCCGCUAUUGCCCCCCCCCCCAGCGGAACCGGAGGGACGGGAAGCAGCAGCUGCGCCGGAACCAGGAGGACAGGAGGCAGCAGCCGUGCUGGGCCCCAUUGAAAAUGAAAACAACCGCGAGGGGCCAGCCAGCUGAACCCGAGGGCGCACCCAGCAACGCUCGAUUCUCUGAUAACCCUAAAGACCUAAUAGCUCUUUUAGACAGUGUCAUGUUCACCCACCAGCCCACCUGGGACGACUGUCAGCAGCUUCUCCGCAUCCUGUUCACUACAGAGGAGCGAGAGAGGAUCCAAUUAGAAGAAAGAAAGCUGGUUCCCGGAGACGGCGGUCGGCAGACAUCUAACCCUGACCUCAUUAAUGCGGCUUUCCCCCUAACCAGACCUCCACAGGAUGAAUGGGACUACAACACGACAGAAGGGAAAGGCUUACUUAGAUUAAUGAAAGCCUUUAGGCAGUUUACCCCCAUGGAUCCAGAAGUCCCUGAGAACCAGGCUGCUGUCGUUAUAUCCUUUGUAAAUCAAGCAACUCCUGACAUUAAGAAAAAACUCCAAAGGCUAGAGGAUUUAGAAGGUAAACAGAUCCAGGAUCUGCUCCGUAUAGCACAACGGGUCUACAACAACAGGGAUGCCCCAGAAGAGAGACAGAUCAAGGUCACAGAGAAAAUGACUAAAGUCCUGCCCGCUAGAGUCCAGAAAGAACAGCCACCCCCAGAAGGCACUCAAACAACACGCCCUCCCAGGCGGCACUUAGAUAAAGAUCAAUGCGCCUAUUUUGAUACCAGGGCACAGCACUCAGUUCUGGUCAAGCCCCAUGGAAAAGUAUCUGAAAAAUCAUCCUGGGUACAUGGUGCCACCAGAAUAAAGAAGUACCCCUGGACAACUCAGAGGACUGUGGACUUAGGAACUGGAAAGGUAACCCACUCCUUCCUGGUCAUUCCCGACAGCCCCUGCCCCCUGUUGGGGAGGGAUUUGCUUACCAAAAUGGGUGCCCAAAUUCAUUUCCAACCGGGGGGACCCACAGUGACUGACGUCCACAACCAACCCAUAUCUGUACUCGCUGUGAAACUAGAAGAUGAAUAUAGGCUCCAUCAGGAACCCACUCCUCUGGUUCAGGGCAUCGAGCCCUGGCUUCAACGCUUCCCAGACACGUGGGCAGAAACGGGUGGUAUGGGGUUGGCAAAACAUCGCCCAGCCCUAUUUAUAGAGGUCAAGCCCGGGACGGACCGCGUCCGCGUGCGCCAAUACCCUAUGCUUGCGGAAGCCAAAAAUGGCAUCACACCACAUAUCUGCCGCCUCCUUGACUUCGGGGUCCUACACACCUGCCACUCAGCAUGGAAUACACCCCUGCUGCCCGUGCGCAAACCCAACAGCGGGGAAUACAGACCAGUGCAGGACCUGAGAGAAGUCAAUAAGCGGGUGAUGGGCAUACAUCCAACCGUUCCUAACCUGUAUACUCUCCUGAGCACCCUCAGCCCACAAAAACAAUGGUAUACUGUUCUGGAUCUAAAAGAUGCUUUUGUCAGCCUACCACUAGCGCCUAAAAGUCAAGAGCUAUUUGCAUUCGAGUGGACAGAUCCAGACAGGGGCAUAAAUGGCCAGCUCACUUGGACCAGACUGCCACAAGGAUUCAAGAACUCUCCGACCCUGCUCGACGAGGCUCUACACGAAGAUUUAAGUGAGUACAGACAACAACACCCUAAUAUAAUUCUCCUACAGUAUGUUGAUGAUCUCUUAAUAGCUGCCGAGACACCCGAAGCCUGCAUCCAGGGAACCGAAGGUCUCCUGCGAACUCUGGGAACCUUAGGCUACCGCGCCUCAGCAAAGAAGGCUCAGAUCUGCAAGUCAGAGGUAACUUACCUGGGUUACUUACUGAGAGGGGGGCAACGCUGGCUAACGGAUGCCAGGAAGGAGACUGUCCUUCGUAUUCCCAGACCGCAGACACCCCGACAGGUGAGGGAAUUCCUGGGGUCGGCUGGGUUCUGCAGACGAUGGAUACCAGGGUUUGCUGAAUUAGCAAAACCUUUAUACCAGGCAACAAAAGAUCAACAGCCCUUUAGUUGGAUGGAAGAAGCCGAACAGGCCUUCCAACGAAUCAAAACUGCUCUGCUAUCAGCACCUGCCCUGGGACUCCCCGAUGUCUCCAAACCCUUCCACCUAUAUGUAGAUGAAAACUGGGGCAUAGCCAAGGCGGUGCUAACCCAGCAUUUGGGCCCUUGGCGCAGGCCAGUAGCCUAUCUGUCUAAAAAGCUAGAUCCAGUGGCCGCCGGAUGGCCACCCUGUCUCCGGAUGGUUGCAGCCACUGCCCUAAUGGUAAAGGACGCUGAUAAGCUGACCAUGGGCCAAGAGCUACAAGUCACAACCCCGCAUGCCAUCGAGGGCAUCCUCAAGCAGCCGCCUGACUGAUGGCUGAGCAAUGCCCGACUCACUCAUUACCAGGGACUGCAGUUGAACCCCCUCAGGGUCAUCUUCACCCCCCCAACGGCCCUGAACCCAGCAUCAUUGCUGCCAGACUCAGACAUGGGAACCCCACUUCAUGACUGCGCCGACAUACUGACUCAAGUUUAUGGGGUCUGGGAGGACUUGCAGGACCAACCAUUAUUGGAUGCGGACGCCAUCUGUUUUACCGACAGAAGCAGCUUCGUUCACCAAGGACAAAGGUAUGCGGGGGUGGCCGUAACUUCAGAAACCGAGGUGAUUUGGGCAGAAGCCCUACCCCCCGGAACCUCGGCCCAGAAGGCUGAACUAAUAGCCUUAACCCAGGCCCUAAAAUUAGGGAGAGACCGAAAGCUAACCGUGUACACUGAUAGUCGAUAUGCCUUUGCCACCGCUCAUGUACAUGGGGUGAUAUACAGAGAACGGGGGCUCCUCACAGCUGAAGGGAAAGACAUCAAAAAUAAAGAAGAGAUUCUAGCCCUGCUAGCAGCCUUAUGGGAACCCAAAAAGCUAGCGAUUGUGCAUUGCCCAGGACACCAAAAGACAACCGACCCAGUUUCCCGGGGCAACAAUUUGGCCAAUCAGACUGCAUAAAACAUAGCUCGGCCCCCAGCGCAAUUGCUGACCCUACAGCUGCCAGACCCUGGACCCCGGGAAUUGCCCCCCAAUAAAAUAGGAUGGCAAGUUCUAGAGCGGAUCCAUCGCAGCACCCACUUAGGUUCCCGGCGAAUGUUGGACUUACUGAGACAGACUGGACUAAAAAUCAGAAAUGUCUCUGAUAAGGUCGAUCAAGUAGUCACUAAAUGUACAGUGUGCCAACUCAACAAUGCGAGUAGCAAUCCUCAGACAACUGGGGUAAGAGAAAGAGGGAGCAGACCGGGGACCUAUUGGGAAGUAGAUUUCACUGAGGUAAAACCAGGAAAAUAUGGAUAUAAGUAUUUGCUAGUUUUUGUAGAUACCUUUUCAGGAUGGACUGAAGCCUUUACAACCAAGAAUGAAACAGCGCAGAUUGUAGCCAAAAAGAUCCUGGAAGAAAUCCUGCCCAGGUAUGGUUUUCCAGUAAUGAUAGGGCCAGACAAUGGACCUGCAUUCAUCUCUAAGGUAAGUCAGGGAUUGGCUUCCAUACUUGGGGCUGAUUGGAAAUUACAUUGUGCAUACCGACCCCUAAGCUCAGGACAGGUAGAGAGAAUGAACAGAACAUUAAAGGAGACCCUAACCAAAUCGACCAUGGAGACUGGCGCUAAUUGGGUGGUCCUUCUCCCCUAUGCUCUGUUCAGGGUGCGCAAUUCCCCAUACAAACUGGGACUCACACCCAAUGAAAUAAUACAUGGUAGACCACCCCCCAUCAUCCCUAACCUAACAGAUAACCUUGUCAAAGCUGAGAACGAUAAUAGUCUUGAAUUCUUGUUCUCCCUACAAGCCUUGCAGACGGUCCAUGAAGAUGUAUGGCCCAAAUUAAAGGAACUCUAUGAGACUGGACCCCCGCCUAUUCCACAUCAAUUCUGGCCAGGGGAUUGGGUCCUCAUCAAACGUCAUCGGCAGGGAACUCUGGAGCCCAGGUGGAAAGGACCCUUCCAGGUCAUCCUGAAUGCUUCUGCCAUCAAAGUAGACGGAAUCGCCACCUGGAUCCAUUUCGCCCACACCAAACCAGUGGACCUGUUCUCAUACCUCAUUGGACCUUCAAAGACAACCUGGACUGUUGAUCAGACUAAGGACAAUCCUUUAAAAUUGACCCUACGCCACCAACGGACUGAGCCGUAUCUAUGGUACUUGCCCUCCUCUUGAUUGUUCUGCAAAUUCUGUCUGUAAAUCCAAACGCCCACAACCCCUAUAAUUUGACAUGGGAAAUUACUAAUUUAGAGACUCAUGAAGUCUACAACAAAACCCUAGGAACUGCCCCAUUAAAUACCUGGUGGCCAGAUUUAUAUUUUAAUUCAGAAAAAAAUUAGUCCAUUAGAAGAAAUGGAAGGAGGUAAAUGGAGGCAACUGCAAAGGAGGGUAUCAGUAAAUAGAAAUGGAUUUUAUGCAUGUCCGGGA